AUGGCGGAGCAAGUCCUUAAGCUGGACAUUGAGUGCCACGAGGAUGGGCGCAGCAAGCAAACCAUCAGGGUGCCCAUUGGUGGCGACGAGCCGGUGCGACGGCUCCUGGAGAAGGUCCGAGAGCGGACCAAGAUCAAUGGCUUGACGAGGUUGUACAGGGUCGUUGAUGACGAUGAGACCCUGCUGGACCCCGACGACCCUUUGCAUUUGGUGCUGGAUGCAGGCGACAACAGGCUUAUAGCACAGGCCGCCCCGAACACAGGUACCGUCACCGCCACAGGCAUGGCAAUCAAGCAGUCGAGCAGCGCGGAGGGGCUUGAGCCAAGCCCUGGCGAUGAACCGGAGGGCGAGGAAGAGGAGCUGGAGCCAGAGUUUGCCCAGGAACCCUCCGAUGCGGUUGAGGGUGCGAAGCGCAAACUGGACCGGUUGGGCUGGCCUUCGACGCCUAUUUCGGAAGUAGACUGUCCCAGGCUUGUGAAGCCGAGGACUCUUUAUCCUCAAGCACCCUCUGACCUCGAGACCGGGCCGCAGCAGGAGGCUCCCACAGAGUCUGAGACAGACUCCGGGAAGAUGUUUCAGACGAAGGCGAUGGCAGGAGUUGCAAUAGAGGUGGAGUCAGCCGAUGAAGAGGAGAAGAAGGCUAACGCGGAGCGCUGUUCCGCAGUCACGGACGACCUCCCCAACCGACACGGAGAGGAUCGGCUCCCCUCAGCUUCGUCCUACUGGCAGGAUUGGGGCAGCUGGCAGUCUUGGGAUCACGCAAGGGAUUCCCAGGAUGCCUGGUGGGACGACCCAGCAACAGCUGGCUCCUGGGCGCUUCAGGAGCUACGCGUGAUUUCAAGGAGGCUGAUCGGAGCCCAGGAGGUGCUUGCUUACGAGCGGAACCACCUGCAAGAGAAGCACGGCCUCGUGGAGGAGACCUUAGAGGCCGCUGAGGAGGCCCUGAAGGCUGAACGGAGCCGCAACAGGAUGCUGCAAGAUCACAACAAGAUCCUGCAAGACGAGCUGUCCAUCUGCGAGGAGAAGCUGGGAAAAGCCGCAGACGCUCUAGAAUCAGAGCGCAGUGAGCACAAGACGCUGCAGGAGAAGUUCUCUCCCAUUGAAGAGAAGCUGAAGACCGCCGAGGCUGUGAUGGAGGGUCAACGCAGCCAGCUUGAGUUCUUGCAAGAGAAGCUUGCUACCAUGGAGCAGGAGUUGAAAGCAAGCCAGAGCACUUUGGAGCUUGAGCGCCUCACCCACAAGCUCGUCAGGUGCGAACGACGGACGGGUAAGGAGAAGAUCCAGGAACUUGAGGCCAGCAGCAAGAUUUUGCAAGACGAGCUGUCCAUCGUCGAGGAGAAGCUCGCAAAAGCAACAGGAUCUCUGGAGCUAGAGCGCAGUGAGCAUCAGUCCCUGAAGGAGAAGCUCUCUAUCAUGGAAGAGAAGAUGAAGACCGCCGAGGCUGUGAUGGAGGGUACGGGGAAGGAGAAGAUCGAGGAACUUGAGGCCGAAGUGGUAUCUGAGCGGACGAGACGGUUGGCUGCGGAGGAGCAGUUGUGGAAGCUGCAGACGCAGAAGAGCUCUGCGUCUCUUGGUGCUUCCUGGCAGUAUGAGCUCGACGGCAGCUGGCAUGCCUUCCCACCAGAAGGCAACCAGCAGAUGAAUCAGGCUUACGUGGCUUUCAUGUCUGGUGAGGAAGCGUAUCACGGUCCAACCAUUGUGGUUGGAAGCGUUGGGCGCAUCAUCGACUUUGCGCGGAUGACUCAACAGAAUGCCGUUACAAAGAAGGUGCGCAAGAUCCGCAUUUGCGCCGGGGUGCCUGCACAGUGGGCAAGUCCCGCAUCAGCCUUGAUAAUGCAGAAUGACAGUUUGGAAAGCCUCUAUGUUCAAGUGAGAGAUCCACGGCUAUUCAAGCAAGUCACUCGCGUCCUACAGGACUCCGGUCACACCUGGGAUGCAUCGUGUGCUUGUUCAUGCCUAAAGAAUGCGGCAGUCAAGUCCAUCCACCGAAUCGAGAACUUCCGCCUGUGGCAUCGGUACCAAGCCAGGCUUCAAGCCAUGAGGGAGGACCAUGCUAAGUGCAAGGGGCACGUGGCAUGGAGGGAGAUUUCCGCAGCAAACAUGACAGGCGCAGCUCUGGAUCUCGACGGGAGAAGCAAGGUGAUGACUGAAAGUCAAGGCGCUCUGGACUGCGGCGAGCCCCUCGCCAGUGACGUGGAUGAGAAGAUCUUGCUGCAUGGCACCUCCUAUGCCAGUGCCGAUGCAAUCGUCACGGAAGGCUUUGAUCACAGGACCUGCCAUCGCGGCCUCUACGGGGACGGCGUCUACUUCGCAGGUGCAUGGUGCAAGAGCCAUCAAUACACUUGCUCGCAUCACUCCGGCAAGGCAUGCCGUUGCAAGCAGGAGAGGACACUGAUCAUCGCGCGCGUGGCGCUCGGUGAUCCGUACUACUCCCAGACGACCCUGAAGGGCAGCAGAAGGCCUCCGAACCGAGUCUCGGCGACAGGCACCCAUGGCUCUGUGGUGGUGAAUCCGGGACAAGUCCAUGGUCAUCACAACUCCCACCAAGCUCACCAGGAGUUUGUGAUUUUCGAUCGCGAGCAGGCCUAUCCAUGCUUCGUUGUGCAGUAUGUGCUCUGA